CAUUUAGCGCUACCGGUAAUUGCAGUAAAAACGGAACCCUAAAUAUCGCUUACGAAAUAAGUCAAAAAUACUGCAACCACAUAAAAAAAAUAUAUAAUAUCAAUGUUUCCAAUAAAUUCAAGACAUUCGCAGCAACUCAUCCUACCUUUAUCUCAAAUCGGAGCAGCAUGGUCAUCCUUUCGGUCAAUGCUACCUGCUCGACGAAAAGUAAGCACAAAAGUACAGAAAGAAAGUAAUCUAAAUGACUUGGAAAAGCUAGAGACAGAGGAUAUUACGAAGCAUUUCACAGAGCAUGUGAAAACUGAUUUGAAAGAAAUUGGUUUGGAGAAUCUUGUUAAGCACAUAAAAAUUGAAGCAAUAUUUAAAAAAGAUGCGAAAAGUUUUGAAAGUUUAAACUUGGCUAAAAACCUAAAUGACACAAAAGAAAUAUUUGGGCAAGAAAAUAGGACUCACCUCUUGGAAGAUGUACUCUCUAACAGGCCUGUUGAAGCGUUCAAACUUACCUUACCGAACUUUAUUAAUCGAAAACACAACUUUUCUAGCUUUCUCCAACAACAAAUAAGAACUUUUAAGUAUAGACCAAAUCCUAGGGGUAUGGGGAAAAUAUCGGCUGAUACUGAUUCUAGUAUGGCGUUUCUAAAUCAACUAAAAGAUUCGCUGAGAGAGAAGGUGAUGAAAAAAUCGUCAGAAAGUAGUGGACAGGACAGUCAAAAUCUAAAGAAAAUAAUUUCUUCUUUUGAAAAGCAACCGCAAGUUCAAGAACAAUUAAAAGUUGCUUUCGCAGAAGGUUAUUCAGCAAAUCAAUCGGGAAAGGGUCAACAGGCUGAAACUUCGACUGUAUCCCGUUGGUUCUUUAAAUUUUUUUGGUACGGUCUACUAAUAUGGAUCGUUUUCCAAAUUCUCCAGGGUUUCACGGUCAUAGGCGGUAAUAUGAAAGGUUUGAAUGUCCUAAAAGGCGAAAGAUAUGAAGUCAAUCCUGAAGAAAUUAAUGUUACGUUUGAUGAUGUGAUGGGAGUUGAUGAGGCCAAAGAGGAGCUUCAGGAUGUCGUGGAAUUCCUCAGAGAUCCAGAGAGGUUUAAGAAAUUAGGAGCGAAGCUCCCCAAAGGAGUCUUGUUAGUUGGCCCUCCUGGUAUUGGUAAAACUUUAUUAGCACGAGCUGUUGCUGGAGAAGCGUCGGUUCCUUUUUUUCAUGCCUCUGGCUCAGAGUUUGAUGAAAUUUUUGUCGGAACUGGUGCAAAGAGAGUUAGACAACUGUUUGAUGCUGCUAAGGCUAGGUCCCCAUGUGUAAUUUUUAUUGAUGAAAUAGAUACGGUCGGGGCUAAAAGAACUAGCUCCCAGAUACAUCCAUACGCUAAUCAAACAAUAAAUCAAUUACUCUCUGAAAUGGAUGGAUUCCAGCAAACUGUAGGAGUUAUUGUAUUGGGCGCUACGAAUAGACGUGAUAACCUAGAUAAGGCCUUAUUGAGACCGGGAAGAUUUGAUGUUGAAGUUCGUGUUUUCCCGCCUGAUUUAAAGGGACGAAGGGAUAUUAUUGAACAUUACUUGAAGAGAAUAACGAUUGAUUCAUCUAUAGACAUUGAUAAACUAGCACGAGGAACAACAGGAUGUACAGGAGCGGACCUGGAAAAUAUGGUAAACCAAGCAGCUUUAAAAGCAGCAAUGGAUUCAGCUGUAGCUGUAUCUAUGGAACAUUUAGAGUACGCGAAAGAUAAGGUUCUUAUGGGACCAGCUAAGAAAACUAGGAUACCCGAUGAAGAAACCAACAAGAUGACUGCCUACCAUGAAGCCGGUCACACCAUUGUGGCUUUUUACACAAAAAACGCAACGCCUCUUCAUAAAGUAACAAUUGUACCACGUGGAAUGAGCCUUGGUCAUACUUCAUUUGUACCUGAAAAAGAAGAAUAUAAUCAGAGUAAAGCUCAACUACUUGCCCAAAUGGACGUCGCCAUGGGAGGGCGCGUAGCUGAAGAGUUGAUUUAUGGAAGUGAAAAUGUAACAACAGGGGCUUCUUCUGACUUUCUUGUAGCAACCAAUCUCGCCAAAUCGAUGGUAAAGAAGUUUGGAAUGUCAGAUAAGGUGGGAGUUAGGGUAUUUGAUGAUAGUGAAUUCGAUUCGGGUUUAACGACCCUAAAGGUUAAUGACGUUAGCCCAGCGACAACUGAAUUGGUGGAUUCGGAAAUAAGGAGGCUUUUAUAUGAAUCAUAUGAUCGAGCUAAGACCAUACUGAGACAACACCACAAAGAACACAAAGAACUAGCUAAAGCAUUACUGAAGUAUGAAACCCUUGAUUUUGAAGAUAUCAAGUUAAUAAUGGAGGGAAAAGGUAAGAAAAUAGCGGCAAUUCAAAGAGAAAGAAAUUCCAACACAGUGAUAUCUAAUCCUUCAUCCACGUCAAAGUUGAAUCUUAUUUAA